AUGUCCCAACGUGCCAAAGAGAUUCUAGUUAAGCUGAUCGUAGGUGCAGGCCAGGCCGCGCCGUCACCGCCGGUUGGCCCGGCUUUGGGUUCCAAAGGUAUCAAAGCGAUGGACUUCUGCAAAGAGUUCAAUGCUCGUACCGCAUCUUAUACGCCGGGUGUGCCAAUUCCCGUUCUCAUAACGAUCAAACCUGAUCGCUCAUUCACAUUUGAGAUGAAGUCUCCACCGACCGGGUACCUACUUCUGCGGGCAUUAAAUCAGGAAAAGGGACACGGCAAACCUAAUAUAAAGAAACCUGAGGGCACCCUAGGUGAGCUGUCGCUCAAACAUAUCUAUGAGAUUGCUAAGAUUAAAAAGGCAGAUGGCAGACACACUUAUUUAGAUAUGGAGAACAUCGUGAAGUCUGUUGUAGGUGUCGCGAAGAGCAUGGGUAUUGCAGUUGUUCCAUGA